UCUGCUUCCUAUGCUUCAAUCGCGUCUUAAAUAAAAAAUACGGAUUAUAGAUUUGCCCAUGAACGUCUUUGCUUAUUCAGUAUUUGAAUUCUCCAUGAAAUGGUUGCAUGCAUUUUUACUCUCUAACGCACACGACAAAUAACCUUAAAAACGAACAGAAAUAAUGAGAUACUUAUUUCCAUCAAUUCUCCUGCCAUUAGUGUGGACGACGAUUUUCCUUCAAAAUACUCUGGCAGCAAGAAUUCUCGUGAUUCAUGCUUUGUAUUCAGGGUCUCCUCUCCUAACUUGGAGGACAGCAGGGGAAUAUUUUGCCCAGAAUGGUCAUCACGUCCACUAUUUGAGAUGGAAGGACAGCCAUCACCAUUCUCCCCUCCCUCAUGAAAAUAUGACGGAAACUGUGCUCACUGUGAAUAAUAAAGACGGCAGAUUUUCCUACUUGACGAAAGAAAAGGAAGCAGGAUUCGACAUCCCUUUCGACCUUCUUCUCCAGGAGGGAAUGUCCUACACUCGAAUAUACUACGAGAGUAUGAAAACAUACUCCAUGUUCUACUCCAUUUGUGACGAUCUGCUCGGAAAUAAGGAAUUGAUACGACAAUUGAGAAGGAUGGAUUUCCACUUGGCUAUCGUUGACCUGGUCGGAAAUGAAUGCACCCUCCCACUCACCCACCACCUUGGCCUGCCCACCGUGGGAUUUUGGGGGAUGCAGUUCGCAUCUGGGGAAACAACGCUCACAACGGCAUUUAUUCCACCCUCACAUGCACCCAACCUCCUCACUAAAUUUGGUUCUGAGAUGACGUUUCCUCAAAGGAUGGUGAACACUUUCGCAUAUGUCGUCUCGCAAGCCGUCGUGCGGGGACAAUGCUGGAUUCUGAGCGGUGUGGUGAAAAAGCAUCUCCCUGGAAGUCCAGAACCUUGCAGUCUGAUUAAAGAAUUGAACGGCAUGCUCAUCAAUAGCGACCACAUUAUGGACACGCCACAACUCCUGCCUCCCACGUUUAUCAGAAUUGGUGGGAUUCAUAUUAAAAAGGCGAAACCGUUACCGAAGGAAUUAGACUACUGGAUGCAAUCUGCUGGCGAUGACGGCGUCGUGCUUUUCGGUGUCGGAUAUACAAUUAACCCAAAGGUUUUAUCGAAACGAUUUAUUCAAGCGUUUUUCCAAGCUGCGAAACGACUUCCGCAAAAGUUCUUAAUGAAAUUGGAAGGACAUUUGGAAAAUGUUCCGUCAAAUGUGAAAAUCAUGUCAUGGAUUCCACAACAGGACGUUCUAGCACAUAACGCUACCAGAUUAUUUGUUAAUCAUUGCGGACUUCAAGGUGUGACUGAAGCUCUGUACCAUGCUGUCCCGAUGGUAGGACUUCCAAUUUUUUUAGACCAGGGAGACUAUCUCGUUAAAUUGGUAAAGCAUGGUGUAGCCAUCCCACUCGACAGACAAACUGCAACAGCGGAAGUUAUCUAUCAAACCUUGAGACGUGCCUUGAAUAACCCCAGUUUUAAGCAUAAUGCGAAAAGGUUAUCGAAAUUGAUGAAGGACACGCCAGACAAGUUGACUCCACAAGAAAGAGCAUUGCAGCUUGUAGAAUACCUGGUUCGUCAGAAGGGGGCGAACCAUCUGAAAAUGCAUUCGCGACACCUCAAUUUUUUUCAAUACUUUUGCAUCGAUAUUUUUGUUUUUGUCUUUACGCUUCUAUUCACAAGUUAUAAACUUGGUAAAAUUGUAUGGAGAAAAGUUUCCAGCAGUAAAAUCCAAAUCCAAAUUCAGACUCGUAAAGAAUCCAGCCUUUUUAGAAAGCGAGUGGGUGGAAAAAUUGAGAAAGUUCUUUGAUUAUUAUGAACUAUUACUAAAUAUGUACAUACAUACAUGUGAAUUGCGAACACUGAUUCGUGAACUGUGAUGAGAGCUGAAACUGAUAUAAAUAGAUAUUUACAUACAUAUGUAUAUUUUACAUCAUCGUCCGGUGUCUAUGUAUAAACAAUUGCAAUUAUAAUACGUAUAUGCUGUAUUCAAUAAUAAUAAACUGUCAACCUAUGGAAAGUAAAAUCAGACCUUGAAAAGGACAUGGACAAAAUUCAGCAUAACAGGCAUAAUCUAAUUGUCCAAGAGAUAAGUGACGGUGAUAUGUUCAAAACCAGUUUAUUGAAAAAAUUGCUCAAUAACAAAACAUCAACGGAAGAAAUCCCAGAAUGUUUACUUGACCAUAUAAUUCACGAGGAUGGAAGUCAUACUUUUUAAUGAAUUUAUAUAAUUUUGUUGUUGCGUAUGCACAUGACGUUUUUGGUUGCUGUUUCUCCUGAGUUAUCGGUCCUAAUGAGAAUGUAAACCAGGAAGGAUGAGCAUAUAAUAGCGGAGUACGGUUGACGGUGAAAUAAAAUUAUCAAGUUCUUUGGGAAAUAUUUUCGUUUUUGAGUACUUUCAUGACGUCAAUAAUAUCUGUAAACUUUGGUCAUUAAUUAAUAAAAUAAAAUAACAUGACGGUUGACGUUACCAUAA